CCCAGGCAAUGAAUGAGCUCCAGACAAACUGGGCAUUUCUCACUGCUUCUGUGGCCCGAACACUAGGCCCUGAAGCUGUACCAGGUUUGACAGUGCUACUAAUAGGUAGCGAGUCUGCAAAGCUACUUGAUACUGCCAUGUGGACCGAGCUUGUUCAGUUAUUCAGUGCGUAUGGCCCUAGCGAGUAUACUGUCCACAGUACAUCGCAUCUUACAGCCCACGACACCUCCAGUUCCGCAAAUAUUGGAAGGGGUCUGGCCGCCGUCUGCUGGCUAGUUGAUCCAGUGAACCCUGAUCGGCUGGCGCCUAUUGGGUCGGUUGGGGAGUUAUUGAUAGAAGGGCCAAUAGUUGACCAAGGCUAUCUUGGACGCGUGUCAUUCAUCAUGUCUCCCAGUUGGCUUUUUCCCCUGCGGAGGAGGACAGUCAACACGUCACAUCUGUAUCGUCCGGUCAGGCCGAAUAAUUGGCACUGAGACAGAAGGCAUUCCCAAUGCAGACGAUUUCUAUGGAAGCUCGUACAAAUACGUCUCCAAAUGGGAAGAUACCCUACGAAUGAUCUGUGGCUAUCUGUGGCUAUCCGUGGCGGAUGUUGAAGAGGUGGCAACUAGCAUUCUCACAUCCACAUUUAGCUCCCUCAAUCAAACCGCUGCCCCCUCCAUCCUGGAGGUUGAAGCUGGCAUUAGAGUCUCCCAUUUCUGGGACAUUGUUAAAAGAGAUGUUGAGAGUCAAACUGGUGUCUGUGACCGCAGAAGCCUGGACACAAGCUGCAGGUCGCUUUCUGGACACUGCAAGUGAAAGUCACUCUUUCCGGCCUUUGCUGGCGAUGUUACAGUCACAGCUAAGCUUCGGGAUGCAGAAGCCAGAAAAUGCAGAGAAUAUUCACCCUGGGGUCAUUAGAAAGAACCUAGAGACUCUGGCAAAUCUUGAGUUCUUCUCCACCGCACAGUGUGCUAGCUCCAACAAGGCUAGAACCUGGCGGCGUUUACGAGAUCCUAUCAUCCUACCGCCGGUGAUGGCUCAACUUGAUCUAUAUAGAGUAGGAUCUUGUGUAGAUAUGAAACAAGUCGUCCAGGAUGAACCAUAAUCCCAAUUGUCGAAUGACAGACAUAAC